ACCAUGAAACCCAGCAUUAAACCUAAGAAGCCACAAUGUGAUACCGUAGCUUACGCAAUCGAACAUUCAUCGCUUGAUAUUCCCAGUCACUGUCCUACGUUCCACCAAUUGGUUGAUGUUGGUGAGGUAAAUCUUCUUGACUUACCGCUCCUUCAAGUGGACAUUGAGCGUUUACUGGCGUCGGCAACCCAACGUAUGACAUGUAUGUCAUGCCAUCUUCAUGGCUUGCCAAUACCAACUUCUGUUCUUCGUAAUCUUGGGCUAAUGGAUCCUGAUCCAAACAAUCAGCCUACACAUCCUUGUGAAAUGCUAACUGAUGACACCGAAACAUCUAUGCGGAAAGCUGACGAGGAAUCUCUGGUCGUAACCGCGAAUCCGAACAAACCACUAAGUCUAAUUUUCUCUUCACAUCGAAAACAGCAGCAACAAAUGCAUCGAACCUGCGAUGGUAUGGAAAGUUUGGGUGUUAAAAAUAAGGCAAAAGAUAUUCCGAAGACUUCUACUUCAUCAACUCCUAGCCCCGCUGUGCACGACAUACCCAACAGGUUUUGGGCGCUAAUGGAGCCCUACUGUGCAGAUAUUUCAGAAGCCAAUAUAUCCUACCUUGAAGGGAUUCUCAAGUCUUACGUUGAAGAAGCAACCACAUCAAAGUACUUUCUGCUACCACAAUCACAAUUCCUCGAUGAUACCUCUGGGGCCGCCCAGGUUCACCACUCUUCUGGUCAACCUGUACACCCACCUAAGCGGCUUCGACGGGAUAUUUCCAAGCUUGACAAAAAUUCCUUUGAUGCUGAAGAAAUAAAUCCAAAUCAAGACCAACUUUCUGAGGCAAAUAAGGCAGCUUUAGAAAUGGUCUCACUAGCACGUCAUAUUGAUGGACAACUAAGAAUCGUGAAGCCGUCGUCGUCGUCGUCUGUAGAACAUUUGCUAUGCUCCCUCGAAAGUGAUCUUUACGAGGAUAACGUGUCCUCAGUCCUCAGGAAUGCAGUGGCACACAUAGUACAGGAUGGUAAAAAUGGCGUUUUGCAGCCGCCUCCACCCUUAACUAUCCAUCAGGAGAACUCCUCAUUGAUCUCUCUCACACCGAAUAGUAAAUUGAAGCUGACAACCUGUUGUAGUCAACCUCUAAAAAAUCUUGCUUGUAACCUCCAGGUUAGCUCUUCUUUUCGAGUGGAGAAGAAAAUCAGUCAAGCGACGGAGGAGCUGGGAUUGUUUCCGUUAACUCUCUACCUCAAUCACCUGUCUCAUCGGCCCGAGAAGCCGCUUUUGAAAUUGGCAGAGUUUACUCUCAAUACGGAUCCGAUCUCUGUGACCCCUGAUGCUGUAAAUUCCGAUUUACUUGUGCGCAAAAGUCCUGUCGUAAAUGGAGUAAGUCAUUCUCCAAAGGAGAAUUCAUCUCCCAGUUCGCCUCAGCUAAACUUCCGGAACUCACACAACUCCCACGGCAGUAACGACCAGCACAAAUCUUUCGACUUCCAAUCCAAUGGCUUCGCUUCUUCUGGCAACGAGGAUGAGAACGGCGAUGACGCGGUUUCAGAGCAAUCGAACGGUACUGGUGCUAGAAACGAUGAAAGCAGCAACAACUUGGAAGAGGAAACCGGAAAUGUUCUAGAUGGAAAUGAUGCUCUUUUGCCACACCCGGUUGCUUGCAGUCUUAGUUCAGACUCGGCCACCACCUCUUCCCCCACUCAAAGUGAUGCCAAAAAGUUGCUCAGUAUUCUUAUGGCAGGAAAUAGGAGUGAAGAAACCUCUUCUCUUCCCACUAAUCAAAAUAGUGAUCAUCUUGACGAUCGGGCAAGUGAUCGUCAGUGCUCACCGUCCCCUGUCAAAUUUGAUGAACUACCCAAGCCUUCUCAUCGCACUCUCUGCAAUGGUUCUAUUGAAGAUAAUUUGUUUCCAGCUAGUCUGCCUCAGUUUGACGACGACGAUGAUGACCUCUCAAAUUGUCUGCUCAAUCUCACCGCUGCCAACUCGACCGAUGGCGACGGUACUGACCAUCUCUCCUUGGCGCUAAUGAGAAGGCAGCGCGAACUCCGUCUUGUGUGCGCGGCAAACCACAAUAUCCUCCAUCGCCUAAUUCAGGCUGCUAGAAGAGACUUACAGCGUCAAGAGAUACAACGGCGACUUGCUAUAGCUGAUGCUGAUGUACUCUUUUUCCAGCAGAGCUCGCAAUUCCGCAUCUUCGAUUUUUCGAGGCUGUCUGGGGCGCGGCUAGUCACUGAGGUUAUCGAAGCAUACAAUAAGCUUGAAAGUUACAAGGCUCAAAAACGCUCUGCUUUGAAACGUGAUCGAGACUUCGCCUGGAAGACCCUCAAGGAACGGGAAAAAAUCCGAGCCGAACUUAAUGCCUUUGACAAGAAACCUCCGUGA